AUGGAGCAACCACAGGCCACGCCGGGGUCGCUCUCAUGGCGUUUGAGCUCGCACCCAAUCACGCUACUGACGUUUCUGGGCUUUCGGAUUUCGAGCCUCCUCGUCUACCUCUUCGGCCUACUAUUCACGGAUAACCUUGUCAUGAUCUUCAUCAUCACGAUUCUCCUCCUCGCAGCCGACUUCUACUACCUCAAGAAUAUCGCCGGGCGCCGGCUGGUCGGGCUGCGCUGGUGGAACGAGGUCGACCCGGCGACGGGCGAGUCGCACUGGGUAUUUGAGAGCAGCGAGCCGGGUACCAAGACCAUCAACCCUACCGACAGCCGUUUCUUCUGGAUCGCCAUGUACACCCAGCCGGUACUGUGGAUUCUGCUAGUGCUUGUGGCGGUUCUGACGUUUAAGUUUAUCUGGUUGCCGCUUGUUGCUAUCGCGCUCGUCCUAACAAUCACCAACACCCUCGCCUUUUCAAGGUGCGACAAGUUCAGCCAAGCGUCGAAUAUUGCGGGCAGCGCCUUCAGUGGAGGCAACCUCGCGGGGAGCCUUGCGAGCAACAUGGUGGGGCGGUUCUUUUCGAGGUGA